AUGGCUACCUCUGAUCGUGUCAUUUUGGGCACGGUAGAUGUGGCCGCUGUUGGCGCACGCGUGCUUCUUUCCCUGGAGCCCCCUUCCGGCUGGACCAUCUCUCUGCUGGUUCUGAAUGCGGCGGUGCCUGAGGAGUGGCAGGGGGAGCUGGCGGCGGCGGUGCUGGAACUGCUGACGAGAGCCGGGCAACAACAACAGCAGCAGCAGCAGCUGCUGCAGGAUGGGGAGGAGGAGACAUCUACGGAAAACGACGGGGCAACAGCAGCAGCGGCGGCGGCGGUGGCGGCGGACGGUGGCCGCGAACGGGAGGUUACGAUGGUGGCGGCGAUGUUGCUACAACAGCAGCAGCAGCCCAAAGCGGCGGCUGCUGCUGCUGCUACUGCUACUGCUUUAUCCCACCUUCGCGUCCGAGACGGAAUGAUCGCGUCAUUGCUGCACGUGCUGAGCGUGUCGGGUACUGCUGCCUGCUGCCUGCUGACACAAGGUCAUAAGCCUCCUGCUGCUACGACGCUCGACCUGCCCGUCUCCGUACAAGCCUGCGACACCAUCGGCACUGCGCUGGCAGCGGCGUUUGGCCUGCAGUACGACGCACAGAAGUGCCGUACCGUACGGGCGCUGUACAAAUGGUUUGUGCCGGAGAAGUCGGCCGGUAGCGAUGUGAUGUAUCUCUAG